CGUCUUUUUAUGUAGGUGGUUGACCCUUACUGUAGAUCCAAAUAUUGUAAACUGCAGGGUCACUGGUUUACCUUGUUAAACAGAAAGGUGCAAAUAUCAAACAUAAUAAAUCUGGAUGCAUUGACCUGCAUGAACUCAUGCCAUUUGUGUUGAAAAUGGAAUUUGGCUAAACAGAUGAUGUGGUACAAAGUAUUAGCAUCCUCCGCCAUGUCUGCAGCAGUAGGGUUACCAGUUGCUGUGACUUUUCUAGAUACUUUUGGAUAUAUUGCUCAGGUUAUGGGCGUUUCCAUGCAGCCAACAUUAAAUCCAGACAGAAAGACAGAUUAUGUGUUCCUUAACAAAUGGAAAGUAAGACAUUUUGAGCUGGAAAGAGGAGAAAUUGUAGCAUUGUUAUCACCAAAGAACCAAGAUGAGAAGCUGAUUAAAAGAAUCGUGGGCUUUGAAGGAGAUGUAAUAAGGACAAAGAACAAGAAAAGAGGCGUAUCAAUACCUAAAGGACAUUGCUGGUUAGAGGGAGACAACUCUAAACAUAGCCAUGAUAGUAAUGAUUUUGGACCUGUUCCAGUUGGAUUGAUAUAUGCAAAAGCCAGUAGGAUAGUAUGGCCGCCACAUCGAAUGGGAAAAUUGAAACGAGGUGAAAUCCAUGAAGAUAGAUAUGUUGUUAAACAAAAUCCAAAAGUAACAUUAUUUCCUAAUCCAUAGCAUUCCAUUGUUCAGCUAUUACCAGACUCAUUUAUUACCAGGAUUGCAAUAAGCCAUGAUAUAUGGAAUUGAAUGGAGUCGUGUUAUCCAUGCAAUCAAUUUCGUCAGCUUCAUCGAGUCUAAAGGAAGGAGAACUGAUCCAACAUAUACCAAUGUCUGAUUGUGCUUAAUGACUUUUUACACAAGAAAAUUACUUUUUAUUUGUGAAAAAAAAGAACUUGUUACACUGACUAAUAGUUUUUUCUGUGAUAAGUUGUCUUCCGAGAUUUGUUAGGUUGGUUGUGUGAUUUUUUUCUCUAUCAGUUCUGUAGGCAUUCCAACUUCAUUUCAAAGUUAAAAAAGCAUAUCGACAAUGAAUCAAUAAGUAGUUAUCUACACCAAAAAUACUAAAUUAUAACCUUCUACCUAUAUCAUUCCCUUCCUUUUCAGUGGUUUUGAAAAUUAUAAAGGCUUCCAAUUUUUCUUUUUAUUUGUUCAAUUUUUCUAAUGUUUACUUGUUACAAAGAGCACAAGUACCAAUAGUAGUAAAACAUAACUAGUAAGGUAUGGUUCAUGAUGCUUUGUCCAACAAAUAUCACUUUUUUAAUGCCAUCACAUAAUGCUAUUUUGAACCUAAGUGAACCUACAUGUACUAUGAUAUUCUUGCAGAUGCUUGAUUAUGUGGAAAUCAGAUGAACAAGUUGAGGUUUUUUUCAUUACUAAUUCCAUCAUUUAUUGUUUCAAGAUUAAGUAUGUUUUUUGUUUUUAUUUAAAAAUGGAAAUAAUUCUAUUAAACAAUCCAUAGUUGU